GCCAAUCUCCUCCAAUAACCGAGCACCUUCCUCUUGCUCGCAGCAAACACAUCUUCAUACGAAUGCGCGUUUCAAAGUAAAAGCCCAUUAAUUAGUGAAUGAGGAAGAGAUCGUCAGGUUGCAUCCAUCGAGCUUUCUCUCUCUUCUCUCUGCUUCUUCAGGUUGCAUCCAUCGAGCAUUCUAUCUGCUUCUUCCUGCUCUUGCCACCAUGCUUGGGUUUCUCUCUCUAAACACCCACUUGAUGCUUGGGUUUCUCUCUCUAAACACCCACUUGCUUCGUUCAAGACCACCUGUUGCUCUACUUGUUUUCCUUCCUCUCUUUUGGGUUCCUGUUUUCUCUGCGGAUUCCCAGUAUGAGGCCUGUGGCGCUUACGAUUGUGGUCCCAUUAGUAUCCACUACCCUUUCGCGGUCGAUGACCAACGGCCGGAAUUCUGCACUUCUAGUGGCUUCAAUCUCAAUUGCACCAACAACACCCCCCUCCUAAACUUGAACAAUCAAUUAUACCAAGUGACACAUAUCGAUUACCAGACUAGCACCAUUUCCGUAGUAGCUGAAAGCAUAAUUAACACUACGGAAUGCCCCAAUCCUAGACAUAAUGUCACCCUCGACAAUUCUCCAUUCCAGUACUCUGCUGGAGUCAUAACGCUUCUGGUUUACACGGAUUGUCCUGCAUCGCUUAGUAGCUUGCCACCGGCGACUUGCCUCGGAGAAAAUUCUUUUGCCAUGCCUUCUGGCGCGGCUUAUCCAGAUGAUUAUCGACGUUGUCGGUUUUUGGUGGAGGUUCCAGUUUUAGAGAGGUCGGAUUUGAGACUUUCUUCCGACUCUUAUGCAGGAGUUGUGGAGGCGGGUUUUAAUGUGUCAUGGACUGCAGAUGGGUGCGCACCGUGCAUGGAGUCAGGUGGCCGGUGCGGAUAUAAUCAGAGCCCGCCAGGAUUCAUGUGUUUCUGUGAGGACCGGCCUUAUCCUGACGCAUGUCCUCCACUUUAUACCA